AAAUCAUUUGCUAAUCUCCCAAUGGCUUUCACCGAUGAGCUUGACUGGCCCCAGUUCUCAGAGAUCACUGGAUUUCUGAACUCCACCAUCGGAGGCUGGACAGACUCUCUGUAUCUACGUUUACGCAGGAGAAAUCGCUGUAAUCACAGAGACUUACAGAACAUUUCCCAAAAUGGUGGUUCUUCAGGAAACCUCCUCAAUUUAAUAAAAAGCUUGGCCAGAAACCAGCUGUUGGACAAUCCAGCCAUAGUUAUUUACGCUACAAUUGGGAAUGAUGUCUGCAAUGGGAACCGUGACACGCUGGCUCACAUGACUACACCCAAAAAAAUGCUUUCCAACGUGAUGCAAGCUCUGCGAUACCUGGACUCCCGUCUUCCAAAUGGCAGCCAUGUGAUUUUAACAGGCUUGGUAGAUGGCCGCUUUCUCUGGGAUAACCUGCAUGACAGAUACCAUCCUCUAGGGCAGCUGAACAAGGACGUCACGUACAGUCAACUUUAUUCUUUCCUCGACUGCCUCCAGGUGAGCCCCUGCAGUGGCUGGCUGACCCCCAACGAGACCCUCAGGAAUUUGACCUCAGAGAGGGCUUUACAACUUUCCAAUGUCCUGAAAGAAAUAGCAAGAUCUGAGAAAUUUGCCAACUUUGAUAUUUUCUACAUGGAUUUCCCACUGAGACAAACGGCUGAGGAGUGGCGCAAGAUGGGAGGUGAGCCCUGGCAGCUGAUCGAACCAGUCGAUGGCUUCCACCCCAGCCAGAUUGCUGCAGCCCUUGGAACAAGCAUUACCUGGCAGAAGGCGCUACGUGAAUGGCCUCAAGUGCUUGGAAAGGAGAAUCCGUUCAACGACCAGAUUGAAGCGAUAUUCAAAGAUCAAGGUGGACACUGA